CGACGAUCGGUCGCUGGUGGUGACGUAUGUGUGAUCUGUAAACCGCCGGUGGGCUCUCGUGACUCAGCAGCCUCCUCGGUGAAAGUAAAAGGACAUGCUUGGGACAUGGUUUUGCGUCUUUCGUAUGAUGCUUACACCCCCGUUUUGACUACUAACACCGAAGAAUCAUCUGACCCACACCGUUUAGCGUUGAUUGGCGUUGGGGUCGUUCGUAAGCGGUGAAGUAUUACCUCAUCGAACAAAACGCGUCCUCGGUAAACCCAAGUGGAUACUGUGAAUUUAUAAGCAGCAUUCGAACCCUCAACUUCACCGAAGAGGAGGGAAGGUUGGGUCAGCUUUCCGGAGCAUGAGCUCAUAGGCACGAUCGAUUGAUCGUGUGUUCGUGAUCGACGAAAAAAAAAAUACCAACCGACCGAGGCAACACCCGCAGCAGUUGUCCUCCGGGUAUUCGUACAGGGAGACCCCGACAUCAACGAUGAAUAAAUUGAAAACCCUGCUGCCGCUUCAGACGACCGGUAGCCGAAAGGCGAACCGGUUAAACAAUAAUGGCCCGUUGGAACCGGUUGUUGGGUUCAAGCUCGCGCUAAACUGCGCGAACGAUGUCGAGCAGCUCGAUUCGAGCAGCACGACGGCACCGGCGGCGUCCUCUGUGCCUGAGCUGCAGGUGCAUCUGAUCGGGGCGCGCCAUUUGCCGACAAACUUUGGGUUGAAAAGCGUGGAAGGCUUCAUGGUCAAGGUGAAGCUUUUUCCGGGCGCGAUGAAAUUCGAAUCCAUCAUACAGAGUAACUCGUGGCCGGAAUUUAACGAGACGUUUCGGUUUCCUCUAGUCACCAGCCACAAGUCAUCGUUUCGCGUGAAAAAACACGAUAAACAGAAGGACGACCCGUCUCAAUCGCUUCCGGAGAAGAUUCUGAAUGGAAACUUUGUCGUCUUUACCGUGUUCGCGCUCUUAGAGCUUCCCCCAGGGUACACGUCCACGUUGAAGACCAAAACCAUGACCUUCAUUCGUCAGGGCAGCCAGCGGUUGAAGGACAAACCGGUGAUUGGCAAGCUGGUCAAGGAUAUCGAGCCCGCUACCGAGAAGAACGCAAAUUUCGAUCAGAAGCAGAACCUCAAGCGACUCACCACGAGCGAGAGCCAGCGCAACAUAGGUUCGGUGACGUACUUUCUCGAUCCGAAGGGUUUCUCGCCCAGUUCCCCGGGCAGCCGUAAGCAAGCGGCCAUCUUUACCACCGAGGAAAUGUGGCUGCCGAUCAAAGACAUUACCGUCACUCAGCCGGCGGAAUCACGAAUAGCCGUCACGAGCAGUCCGCGAGGUCAGGUCGAGAUCACGUUGCAGCUGUGCGACUACACCGAGGUGCACAUCGACACGAGGGCAUCUUCCCGCGAGGAUUGCAGCUUUAAGGCCGACGGACCGUACUCGUCCCCGCCAAUUUCACCGUUGUCCAUUUCCUCCAACAGCUCCGAAGGACCGAAAAUGGCACCGUUUGAGACGCGGCGUGGUUAUUCGAACGGAUCACCCGUUCCCGUUUCGAACGCCAACAAAAACCGCUUCAGUUUCGAUGUGCGGAAAAUCGUGCGAAGCGUCAAGAACAAGGACAAAAACCAUAAAGGCUUGUGUCUGAAGAUCUCGACCGCGAAGAUGCGCUGUGGCAUCCGGGUGAAGGAGGAAUUCGAGGCCAUUGCGGAGAAAAUUUACCUAAAGACGACGGUGCUGGAGCAUCAGAUCCUGGCGGCCAGCUGGAAAUCGGAACCAUUCCGACCAGCGUUAUCGAGCCGCUGGAACAUGGACGAUUGCACGGUGGUGAUACCGUUGUGUGGUGAGGCCGGUCUGGAGAACCUCUCGAUUAAAAUCGCACUAGCCGCGAAGAAUAAAGUCGGUAAGAAGACACGCAUGGGGACGGUGUUUCUUGGGCCGAAAGCACGCCAAUCUAACCCGUCCAUGGAGGACCAGUGGCAAAAGAUGAUCCUCUACAAAGGAUCGCCCAUCUCGGUGUGGCACAGUUUCGAGGAGGACACAUAAAGGAUUAGGGCGCGUUGCUUGUGAUUAAGCGAGUUAACAUCGAACGACUCGAGCCACAAUUUUAUCCAUAAGACGAGCAAAGCUUGAAUAAAUAUUUAUUAUAC